AUGAUGGUAGAAGAUAGAUUGAGCAGCUUGUCAGAUGAGCUUAUUCAUAAGAUUCUGUCUUGUUUUGACAUUAAAUUUGUUGUUCAAACAUGUUUGUUGUCAUCAAGAUGGGAAUAUCUAUGGACAUCAAUGCCUUGUCUCAACUUCUCAAGUUUUAGUCCUUUACCCAAAUUUGCCAAAUUCGUGACCAAUGUUCUGUCUCACCGAAAUCAUCAAGUAGAAGUGUCUUCCAUAGAGCUAGAUUUUCAUGGAGGAGCUAGUCAGGUUUUUGUGAAAAAUAUUGCAAAAGGCAUUGUAUUGUGUGAUGACCUUUUCUCCAUGUGUGUAAACUUAAAGAACCUCACUUUAAGAUGUUUCUCUGUCAAGGUUGCGGUGGAGGUAUUUGACAUCGUUACCCCUCAACUUUCUAAUCUCACGCUUAUCAGCGGCUUUCAUUUAAACGUCAUCAAUCUGAUUGCACCUCAACUUGAGAAUCUCACAAUAGUUAAUUGUUCAAUCAAGUACUUGAAUGCUCCACCAGGGCUUUCAUCUUUGAGCUACAGCGAUUAUCGUCCUCCCAUGCAAUUGUCUAAAGAUCGAUUUCAUUCUCUAAACAAAGUAAACAUCUGUUUGUAUCUUCUUCAUGGUUUGACAUAUGAAGAUGCAUGCAAGACUAUUAACAUGCUUCAAGAGCUCCAUAGUGCCAGAUAUCUUACACUUAACUCAAACAUUAUUGAGUGUAUUUUCUCAUUUCCGGAUUCAUUGUUGCACAAUCCUCCGCCUUUUAGCAACCUAAAUUGCUUGACUAUUAUAGACUCCAACAUGAAGAAGGAUGCAUACAAAGUAAAAAUGUCUACUGAAGUUAAAAACUUAUUUCUCAAGAACUCUCCAAGUGCCACUUUAAUCAUGAAAUUACCCGAGGUACUUUUAUCAUAA